ACCGUCGAAGUGUUCGCCACGUCACUGUGUCGUCCGCUAAGUCGUAGGUGAAAUCGGUCCGCGAAUCAGCGCUCGCCUUUUGCUCAGCAGCCUCUGAGACAUCUCCCGGUCAUUUCUCUUCCUCCUGCAUUGGCUUUCGGUUCCUCUCCUCGGUUCGCGUUGCAGGCGCUGCGGAUUAGGUUCCCCGGUUCCUUGUUCUUCUCGAUCUACGGUCGUUCGAGAUGAGCAGCUCUGUAUCCUAGCAUGCUGUUGUUGGGAACUGGCCUACCCUCGCGAAGUCCCAAAAGUAACUGAGUAAGUCCUGGAAGUUUUUUAUUGCCCCAGAGGUGCGACACAACCUAUGCUUUUGGAGCUUCUCGGUGAUCAAAAUGUUUCCUUUCUCUCUUAAUCGAAUCCUCUUGUUAAUUUGAGUAGUUUCACUCCUUGUGUAGUGCUACUCAUCCAUGACACAGAAAAAGAACAUUUUACUUUCCUUUUCUUCUGAGGUGGAGGUAAAUUCUCCUCCUUUUUAGAGUUAGAGAGGAGCUUUAACUGCUCGCACCUAGCAAAUGGCAGUUCUGUGGAUGCUUGCACAAAACUCACCUGGUGCCAAUGUGACAGCUUUCUUUGCAAGUAUGUGGACUUGUUGCAUGGCUGCCAAGUUGCAGUCAAUCUUUCUGCAGGCUAUACGAGCUUUUGGUUGCUUGUUGGUGAACCCAGCCGAAACCUUAUUUAGUGUUGUUUCAUGUUGGGGCUCUGCCCACUAAGUGCAGACUACACAAGCUUUUUAUUGCUUGUUGAACCCGCCCAUAAUAGGAGCUAUUUGCAUAAAAGCACCGAGGCCCUGAAACACUUUAUGUAAAAUGUGAAUCAAAUAUAUCUGCAAAUGUUUAAUCUUCUGGCCUGUUAUGUUUGAUGCAUAGAUCCUAAGGUGAGACUCGCAAUCUAAUCAUUCUUUUGGUAUCAUCCAAGGUGUUCCCUUGCUUGCCUUUGAAGAUAUGAUUUUUUUUUUUAAACCAAUUAACUCGACAGCGAAGAACUAAAUCGACUUCUUUGAUUUUUGUUCUCCAACCUCAUUGUUACGAUUUCCCUCCAUCAAGAGUGUACUCUAUUAUUAUUAUUUGAUUGUCUCGAGAGGGUCUUUAAGGUUGGACCUUGGUCAAAUGGUAAUAUUGCUCCUUUGUGACCUCAAAGGUCAACGUUCAUGUCUUAGAAAUAACCUCUCUAACUAUAAAGGUAAAGUUGUAUACAUUGACGUUUUCCAAACCCUUGCAUCGGUGGGAGGUCGUGCAUUGGGUUGUCCUUUUUUGUUUUUCUUUGUUUAUAUAUGGAAAGUUGUUGAUACAUUAUUUUCAGAAGUCAAUUUAUACGAUCUUGUCUCCUUCAGUUUCGCUAAAUGAUAUUUUAAUUAGUUUGUUUCUCUGACAGAAAAGUGGCUGCUGUGAUCUUGAUUGACUGUGCCAUUUUCUGCUACUUAAUUUGUUGCUUAGUCUAAAAGUCACUACAAAGGACGUAAACUACUCUGCAGAAAUGGACCGCAGAGAUACUUCAGGUUUUGUUAGCGGAGGUUGCAAGGACUUCUUUGAAGAUUUGUAACCUUAGUUUUAAUCUUGGUUACUCAAUUGGUCUUGGAGGUCAGGCAACUGGUUCCUUUCUAUCAAGAUUUGACGAUAGGAAUUAUGGAUAGCAGGAUUGGGUCAUUGGGCUUGGUUCUGAGUGCUUCAUGUUUUGAUACAUUUGAUAAUUGGAGCAGUAAAGUGGGGGAUCGUGAUCACACUGACACCACUUUACGGCUUGAUUCCUCAAGCUCCCACAGUCUUUGCACUACCAAUUCCAAAGGAAUAAAGAGGAAAAGAGAAGAUAUCGAUGUAACUCGAGGUCUGGGCAAGUCCUUACCUGCCCUUGGACUAGGUGAUCCAUUGAGUUUCUCAUAUAGUAACAACAAGAGCUCCACAAUUGCUUGCACAGUUUUUUCAGAAAAACAAACAGUCGAGGAGUUAUUCAUGGAUUAUGGCUUAAAUGUUGAUCUUAAACUUGGUAAUGGGAAUACAACAAGCCCCGUAAAACCUGCUGCUGCUACUUUAGGAGCAUUGGAGACUGAAAAUAAGUUUGACCUUGAGUUGAGUUUGUCAGUGGGGCCAUCUGAAUCUGCUAUGACGAGCAUAGACCCAGUCUCAUCUCAUCAUCAGAAUAUAUUGGAUAAACCAAUAACAGUUUGUCUGGCAGCAACAGUUGACGAAGGAUCAACAUCAUCAAGUUGGAAAUGUGGAAAUAAUUUAUUGCCAUCUUUAGUUACUACGGAGAUUGGUAGCCAGUGUCUUUCCAGCCAAAUGAUUCAUGACAACCAUUGUCCAGUUAGGCUACCAGAUCUCUCAUCAACCAAGAUACAAAUGCAGAGAAGCCCUGUUACCUCCUCUUCUAAGGUCGCUCAAUUAUGCACCACCAACAAAAAACUCUGCCAGUUUCCUGGAUGUGGUAAAGGAGCCCGUGGUGCUUCUGGAUUAUGCAUUGCUCAUGGAGGAGGUCGGAGGUGCCAAAAAUCAGGUUGUCAAAAGGGAGCUGAAGGCAGGACCAUCUUCUGCAAAUCCCAUGGAGGUGGCCGACGCUGCGAACAUCUUGGUUGCACCAAAAGUGCUGAAGGCCGCACCAGCUGUUGCAUUGCUCAUGGUGGUGGUCGUCGUUGCAGCCACGAGGGCUGCACUCGAGCUGCAAGGGGGAGAUCUGGUCUUUGUAUAAGGCAUGGUGGCGGCAAGAGGUGCCAGAAAGAGAAUUGUAAAAAAAGCGCAGAAGGUCAAUCUGGCCUCUGCAUCUCUCAUGGGGGUGGUCGCCGGUGCAAAUUUCCUCAAUGUACAAAGGGUGCACAGGGCAGCACAAAUUUGUGCAAGGCUCAUGGUGGGGGCAAAAGGUGCACACACUUGGGUUGCACAAAGGGGGCUGAAGGGAGCACACUUUUCUGCAAGGGGCAUGGUGGAGGAAAGCGCUGUGCAUUCCUGGGUGGUUGCUCAAAGAGUGUGCAUGGUGGUACACUGUUCUGUGUUGCUCAUGGUGGGGGAAAGAGAUGUGCUAUACACGAGUGCACUAGAAGCGCAAGAGGCCGGACAGAUUUCUGCGUUCGACAUGGAGGGGGGAAGAGAUGCAAGUCGGAGGGUUGCGGAAAGGCUGCUCAGGGGAGCACUGAUUUCUGCAAGGCACAUGGCAGAAGGAAGCGUUGCACAUGGGGCCGGCCUGGGUCAAAUUUAGGUGCUGGUGAUAGCCCAUGUGACCGCUUGGUUGGGACGAAGAUUGGCCUCUGCAUUGAACACACUGCCCUUGUGGAAGACCAUUGUGUUCAUGGUGGGAAUACAAUGGAAGCAGUCACUUCCCAGAACCCAAUCUCAAGCAAACCAGAGAAAAUAAAUGGUGAUUGUGAUGGGAAUUUGUCCCUGAAUGUGCAGAAUGAUCAGAACAUCUAUCUGUUUCCUCUUUCCGAAGGUAGGGUGCAUGGUGGAAAUAUUAUGGCAAUGAUAUCUGACUCUGGAAGCGAUUCUGAGGUUACUAAACUAGAGCAUGGGAUGUCUUGUACUGUGGCUCACAACUGGCUGUGAGGUUAAACCAGCUUGAUACCUCUUCCUUCGCUUUAUGGGUAUGGAAGAGAACUCUGAUCUCUGUAGUUAUGGUGUGGAUUCUUUGUGUAGCUUUUGCUCUGUUGGCGACAACUGUUUGUGGAACUGAAGAUAAUUUUCUUAUUGCACAGUUGCAUUGGGUUAAAUUUGACGUAA